AUUUAAACAAUGUUUAUUCGAUUGUUGCUUUUACUACCGUCUUAUUUCAUUACAAUCAUUGAUAAUCACAUACUACAUCACUACUAUUUAUAUAUGUAUCUAAUCAUAAAACCGUUUUUAUUUUAUUAUUAAAUAAUAAAUUACAGACAUCGUUUAACCUUCAUAUCUUAUUUCCACAAAUGUACCUCUGAAUACCGUUUGUGUUGUGAUUUCUCCUGGGAAAUUAUUCCUUUUAAAUGUUAGUUUCAUUUCGUCAGUAGAUGGGGAGAACCAGAAACGUUGUAACCAAAUUUUGAAUUACUGUUUACUUAAUUCACGUUCGCUUUUAUAUCUCCCAGUUGUCCGAAAAGUAAAAUAUCGUUAAUUACCAAAUAUGAAUAUAAUUCCAAAAUGCAAGGUAUAACAGAAAAAAUAAAUAAUAUACAUUGUUGCCGAUAGUAAAUAAAACGAAGGAUGUAUUUGAAAAAUAAGUAUUCUGUGUACAAUAGAAUACUAUGUGAGUAUGUCAAUUUUUAUUAUGUCAAAUUAUUGUUACAAAGUAUAUGAUACGAAUACAUAUAUAUAAAAAAAUUUAAUAAUUGAUGAUUAAUUUUGCUACUCACCAAUUUUUUAAAUCAACAUUAGUUUUCCAAUAAGAAAAUUCCAUACAUUCCUAUAAUUAUAUAAAAUGAACCUUUACUAUAUGCAACCAAACAUACAUAUUAUGUAAGACAUUUUCGUUAUAUAAAAUUAAGUUAGCCUAGUAAUCUCCAUUCAUCAUAUUAAAACAAAGUUUAUCUGUUAUACAUAUUUUUCUCUUCUAUUUAUUGUGUUGAUAUUUGGUUUUCGUAAUUUUUGUUCGUUUAAUAAAAAAUACUGUCAGUCUUCUGUCAAAUAUGUCAUUAAAAUCACCUUGGUUUGUUAUGGUUAGUCUUUUAAAUAACAUUUAAAAAAAUUGGAGUAAAAUUUAUUUAAUUAAACAAAAUGAGGAGUCGGAGUAAUUCGGGAGUCCGUUUGGACUAUUAUCAACGUCUCGUACAUAAAGUUAUUAUGGAGCAUCAAAACCCGGUUACGGGAUUAUUUCCAGCAAGUUUAGAAAAUAAUCACGCUUGGAUUCGAGACAACGUUUACUGUAUACUUUCGGUUUGGGGUCUAUCGAUGGCGUAUAAAAAAAUUGCCGAUCAAGAUGAAGAUAGAGCAAAAACCUAUGAAUUGGAGCAGUCUUGUGUAAAGUUAAUGAGAGGUUUAUUGAUGUGUAUGAUGCAGCAGAAGGAUAAAGUUGAGAGAUUUAAACAAACACAAAAUCCUUUAGAUUCCCUACAUGCCAAAUAUUCAUCUGUUACUGGACAAAUAGUUGUAGGUGAUAAUGAAUGGGGUCAUUUACAAAUAGAUUCAAUUUCCCUCUAUCUUCUACUCCUUGCGCAAAUGACAGCAUCUGGUUUACAAAUAAUAUUUAAUCUAGAUGAAGUAGCUUUUAUACAAAAUUUAGUUUUUUACAUUGAAUGUGCUUAUUGUACUCCCGAUUAUGGCAUUUGGGAACGAGGUGAUAAGACUAACCAUGGCUUACCAGAAUUAAAUGCCAGCUCAAUUGGUAUGGCAAAAGCUGCCUUAGAAGCAAUGAAUGAACUUGAUUUAUUUGGAGCAAGGGGGGGUCCUUACAGUGUCAUUCAUGUUUUAGCAGAUGAGGCACAAAAAUGUCAAGCUGUGUUACAGUCAAUGUUACCAAGAGAAUCCAGUUCAAAAGAAAUUGAUAGUGGUUUACUUUCAGUAAUUAGCUUUCCAGCUUUUGCUAUAGAUGAUCCCUCAUUAAUUUCCCAUAGUAGACAAUCUAUUAUUGAAAAACUUCAAGGACGGUACGGCUUUAGAAGAUUUUUAAGAGAUGGUUACAGAACUCCCAAAGAAGAUCCAAGCAGAUUAUAUUACGAACCAUGGGAACUGAGAAUGUUUGAAAAUAUUGAAUGUGAAUGGCCGCUAUUUUUUUGUUACAUGAUAUUAGAUAAUUUAUUUAGAGGAAACAAAGAAAAUGCUGAAAGUUACACAAAACAAUUGGAAGAGAUUAUGAUUCGUACUGAUGAUGGAUUGAAAUUAGUCCCAGAACUUUACUCGGUGCCUUCAGAAUUUGUGAAUGCUGAAUAUAAAAAUCCUGGAAGUCAACAACGGAUUCCUUUGGGUCUUUGUCCAUUUCGUUGGGCGCAGAGUCUGUAUAUUGUUGGAAAAUUAUUACAGGAGGGUUUUUUGGCUCCCGGUGAACUAGAUCCCCUUAAUAGACGAUUAGGUUCAGAAAAAAAACCGGAUGUAGUGGUACAAGUGGUAAUUUUAGCAGAAGAUUUCGAAAUUAAAGAAAAAUUAGCAGAGCAUGAUAUUAAAGUGCAAACUAUUGCUGAGGUAGCUCCUAUUGAAGUUCAACCGGCAAGAGUUCUUUCUCAUCUUUAUACAUAUUUAGGUCGUAAUAAAAAACUUGGGCUCUCUGGUAGGAAAUCUAGAGAUGUGGGCAUACUUUCGACGAGCAAAUUGUAUUCUUUGGGUGAUAAAAUUUUUGCUUUCACACCUCAGUUCUUGGAUAUAUCCCAAAAUUAUAUAGCAACAGACUAUGAACUGAUGAUAGAUGUAUGCAAAAGUGAAAUAAAUUUUUUAAAAUCGAGCUGGCAGAAUGUACUAGGAAGACCGCUAACCAUAAUGGUUAGUAGGAGCAUCGACUUAGAGGAUGGAAAAUUACCAUUGGCCAUGAUAACUACAAUGAAAAAAUUAAAAUCCGGUUACAUAAAUGGUACCCGUGUAACAUUGGGUAAUUUAAAAGACUUUCUAAGUACUAGCUGUAUAACGAAUUUGAGUUUUUUGGGAUGCCACGAAGAUGGUUUACCGGAUAAGUUGAAUCCUCAAGUUCAACAGUAUAUGGAAGAGCAUUCGGUUAGAAGUUUAUCUCACAGAUAUUCCCUUCUACCAGUUGCAAGAGUUGGUCCUAAGAAUAAACAUCUGAUGAGAAAAAUGUCUGUCCGAGGGGCAGUUAAAAAAACUAGAUCAAUCAAUGUCGAUUCUGAAACUUUAGGUAUGGAAGGAAACGUGAGCUUAGAUAGACGUUCGUCGUUGUAUUUUCCACAAAUAUCGAUAGAUGUCGCUGAUUAUUCGAAAGAAGAUAUGAAAAGGACGCCAUCUCCAGAGAAGAAUCCUAAAUUAAUGAAGACCGAAUCUAGAACGCCAGUUGUUAGCAUAACCAGACACAGACAUCAAUCGGAAACCCAGUAUGCUGAUACCGAGGUGGAGGAGUUGUUCGCAAUGUUAAGGGAAUCCGAUUCCUUAGACGAACAAGGUGACAUCCUACAAUAUUUAGUAGAUACCAAAGGUCUCGAUUACAAUACAGGAAUGUUGGAAUACGGUCGAGUAGUUACCGUAAAAGAUCUAUUGAAAGGAUUAUACGAGAAAGCCUGUCAUCAAAAGAUGUGGGGUCUCGUCCGACAUACGGCCGGUAUGUUGGGAAAACGUGUAGAAGAUCUUGCUAAAGCCGUUACCGACUUAUUAGUUAGACAAAAGCAAAUAACCGUUGGUAUGCCGCCGAAUAACGAACACACUAUUACCGCCCCAUUACCCGAAAACGAUCUGAGACUUUUAAUUCACGAGGCUUACGGUGAAGAUGACAGUACCGCUAUGUUGACACAAGAGUUACUCUCCUAUUUGGCCAUGUUCAUCAGAACGGAACCACAACUGUUUCUGGAAAUGCUCAGAUUGAGAGUCGGUUUGAUUAUUCAGGUAAUGGCGACAGAACUUUCUCGAACACUAAUCUGCGACGGUGACGAAGCAUCCGAACAUUUAUUAAAUUUAAGUCCGUUCGAAAUGAAAAAUUUGUUACAUCACAUUAUAAGCGGUAAAGAAUUCGCAAUAAGUAGCGUUGGCAGAGGUAACUUUUCGAUAGUGACGAAUAAAUCUAGUCGUAUAAGUAAGAAAAGUCACAUCAGUUUAGGAAACGAAAUAGAUGAUAAUAACAUCGAACCAGACCGUCAAGGACAGUGGUUGAGAAGAAGAAGAUUAGACGGAGCCCUAAAUAGAGUCCCGACAGAUUUUUAUUCGAGAGUUUGGUCUGUAUUGGAAAAAUGUCAAGGAUUGGACAUAGCGGGUAAAGUUCUACCACAAACUUUGACUCAAGAAAUGACCUCUGGGGAAUUAAAAUUCGCAUUGGCGGUAGAAACUGUAUUAAAUACAAUACCCCAACCCGAAUAUAGACAAUUAAUAGUGGAAGCUACGAUGGUUUUAACAUUGGUAUCGGAAUAUAGUAUUGUACCUUCAUUAGGUGGUAUCAUACAAGUGGAAUAUCUUGUACAUAUAGCCAACGAAUUAUUUUUAGAUGACCAGAUGAAAUGCGAGGGUGACGCUACCCUUUGUUGCGCCAAACCGAAAGAACUACGGGAACUGUCUCAAAGCGGAGGUUUGUUAUGCGGUGGAGCUGCAUAUAUCUGUCAACAUUUUUACGACAGCGCCCCUAGCGGUUGUUACGGUACUAUGACGUACAUGACGCGAGCCGUGGCGGUCACAUUAGAAGGUUUACCUAAACAAGGAGAUUUAGAUUGUACGAUUAGUUGAAUUUUAAUUUUACAUAGUCACUUUUCAUUAGAUCUGGUUUUACGUUAUUUUAAUAAAAAAAUUGUUUUGAACAGGAUUUUAUGCAGCUUUAAGUGACUAAAUAUUGAAAAUUGUGCCAAAUAAUUAUUAUUUUACUGUUUGUUUUGAGUUUAUUUAUUGGAAUAUAUUAUCAUAGAAAAAAAUAUUUAAUUAUCCGUAUCCUUUUCAAGUCUUUAACCAAACUGUUGAUAAGAGCCCAAAUGGGAAUCCGCGAAAGGUUGAAUGAAAAAAAAGGUGAACAUUUACCUUUUAUUGAAAUGUACAAAAGUAUUUAUUUCGAAAAUAAGUUUAUAACGCACAAAAUGAAAAUAAAUGGAAUGCAAGCAAAAA